AUGCCGCCGCGCGAGCUCCGGCUGAGCCUGGCCCAGCAACUGGGUCUCGUGGCUAUCCCUGAAGGAACACACGCUGGUCGCGCGCCUGAGGCAAGCGAGUGGGACGCCGCUCGCGCUGCCUGGCGUGAGCGCGGCUCGGAUGCCUGCGCCAUCUGCCUCGAGCCGUUUGCCAUCUCAGCCCAGGUCCUGCUCUCGUGUUCGCAUGCCUUUCACGAGACUUGCCUCGCUGCUUUUGAGGCCCAUGCUGCCGCCCAAGCGGCUGCUCCCGAGGCUCCCGUCGUCGCCCCGCCGCUCGCCUGCCCGCUCUGUCGCAAGACCGAGUACCACAAGAUGCGUGUGACCGACGCCGGCCGCGCAUACAUCACCGCCAUGGUCGUUCGCAUACAGGCCUGGUGGCGGAGCGUGAGCCAGGCCCGCAAGUACAAGGCCCUCCGCCUCGCCGCGCCGCCGCCAGCUCAUCCCACACGCCGCCGUGCCUGGCUUGUCGACAAACUUGCCGCCACGUCGGACGCCAUGCUCGCUGCCGUCGAGGCCACCCAUUCCGAGGCCGACGAGCUCUGUGCCCUCAUCGACGCCCAGCUUGCGGCCGCCCGCUCGCCUCACGAUCCAAAACCCCCACCCCUGCCGCCAUCGCUCUCCGGGACCGAGUGGCAAGCUGUCUACCUCCGCGCGCUCGAUCGCGGUUGCGACGAGUGCACCAUCUGCCUCGGCUCGCUCGCCGACCCGCAGCGGCCGCCGACCCUGUUGUCGUGCUCGCACGUCUUCCACGCCGCGUGCAUCGCCUCGUUUGAAGCAUUUACUCUCGAGGCGACGCCGACGUGUCCCAUCUGCCGCGCCCCGUUCGCCAAGCACGCCGUGUAG